AUGUCUUAUUUCCAGAAGCAGAUCAACUCCUUCAGCAACAGCGUGGUCUCUGUGGCGAGCAGACUCCCCUCUGACCGAAGAGCCGCUGUUGCCAAUAAUGCGGCUUCGUCUACUCUCCAGCCGGCCUCGAACGCAUCGACUCCUGCCGCCCAAACCCCAAGACGCCAUGACGCGGACAUCGUCUAUUCGCAGCCCGCCAAUACGGGGACGGGGAGAGAUAUCAUGACCCAGGUGAUCUUUGCUAUCGAGCAUAUGAAGGGCAAGGAUGUUCCGCUGAAGUUUUCAGAUAUCGAGUCGUACCUAUCGCUGUCAAGACAGGGACAUGAUAUGGGAUACAUCCAUGCCUUAAGGCGCAUCCUGCAAUCGCAUGAUAAGGUCCAGUACGAUCCGGCUGGUGCCAACGGCGAGGGAACCUUUCAGUUCCGUCCUCCGCACAACAUCCGAUCUGCCGACCAGCUCUUGCAGCAUCUCCAGUCUCAGAAGACGGCCCAGGGUAUGAGUGUCCGUGAGCUGCGUGAAGGCUGGCCUACUAUCGUAGAGACGAUCAAUAAGCUUGAGAAGGAGGGAAAGCUGCUUGUGACUAGAAACAAGAAAGACAACCAUCCCAAGAUGAUAUGGGCAAAUGAUCCCUCGCUCUCGCAGAAGUUUGACCCGGAGUUCUGUCAGAUCUGGGAAAAGGUUAAGAUUCCCGACCAUCAGACUGUGAUGGAAGAGCUCGAGAAGGCCGGAAUUACACCUACCAGCAAGCACAAGGCUGCCAAAGCCAGACCAAAGGUAGAGCAGAAGGUUAAGAAGGCACGCAGGAGCGGCAAGACUACGAAUACGCAUAUGGCUGGCAUCUUACGAGACUAUUCACACCUUAAAAAAUAA